AUGGCGCACCAUGUGGCUUCCUUGGCCUUCCUGUUCGCCGUUCUCAUUACGGGGUUCGGGGCGGGGGUUGAGGGCUCCACGUUCACCCACGAGUUCGACGCCGACGGCAUCGUGUCGUUCCUGCACGGCCUGCCCCACUUCGACCUUACGCUCCACAAAGCGGACAACCGCUUCGACCCCAAGUCCUGGUCCUACGACCAGACCAUGAUCUGGUUUGUGGUGCCUGGUGCGGUCGUGGUCGCGUUGACGCUGCUGCUGGCCAUUCUGCUGGCCGUCCGCAAAUGCGUGCGCUCUUGCUGCGCUUCGCGGAGGGAGCAUGAAGACAGCGACGACUUUGACUCCUUCCCGACGCCCGAGUAUCGCGGCGGCCCUGUGAGGCGCCACCGGCGAACCCCGACGUGGGUGCGAUGCGUGCACGCGCUCACCUUCCUCCUCAUGCUGGCCGCAAUUGGCGUGGUGGUUGUGACGUGGCUGGCCUCCUACGACUUCUUCACCUACGUGGACGAGUCAUUCGAACCGGUCGACGACACCAACAAAUACGUCGAGAGCGCCUUUGAUAACGUGGAAACGCUUUUGAACAUGAGCCGCGCGGGGCUGCACGGGGUCGGCCAGCUUAACGAGACAUUCACCGCGAUCAGAAACGAUGUUCUGACGCUCAGCGUCUCGGCAGACCAGCUCGCAGGCUCCCUGAACCAACUGCCCAACCUACCGAGCUUCCGAUCAGCGUUGGAGUCGUGGGCUCAGCGACAGGUUCUGGACCUGCCCGCCGCGCUGCCGCCCAUCUACUCGGACCUGGCGGCAAUGAACGCCUCGCUCACCAGCUUGCCCGACACCACCUCGGUUGCAGCGGCGUUGGUCAAUAUCAACGCCAGCGUUGCGCUCGGCCAGUUCGUGGACAUCUCACAAUUUUCCCUGCUCGUCUCGCUGACCUCGACCAUCAACCAACUCCACGCUCCGCUUCUGAACACGACCGAGGCCCUUUACGGCGACCUCAAGACGGUGGAAGAGCAGAUGAGGCAGUCGCUGCUACCUACCGAGACGUCGCUCGUGCAGGCUGUGAUGGCCGGCGGCGCCAAUCCCCCCUACCCUGACGACGUCACAUCACUCGCACAACAGAUCCAACAAGCCUACAUUUCAAAGGGCGACGCCAUCAACGCGCUGCCGUCUGUGCAGCAGCUGGUGCAGAAACUGAUUCAAUACAACACCACCGCGAGCCUACCUGCCGCCGUCAACCGCGACACCUUGCUGAUGAAGGCCAGCUACGAGCUGCAUCUGCCGAUCUCGUUCGAGAUGGGCACCAUCGUCCAGUUCCUGGCGAUGCUCGACUCCUUCGACCCCUCGGCCGCCGCCGGCUUCCUCCGCAGCGACGUCGCGCCGGCGCUCGCCAGAGUGCUGGACUACCUGGUGGUCCCGCCCGGCUAUCAGGAGGUCUACGAGAACUGGGCCAGGCAGACCAACGACCUGUCGGGCCAGAUGGACUCCUACCACACCAUCCAGAACGAGAUCAACGACUACCUGCCCACCAUCGAAAGCGUGGUGGACAAGGUCGAGCUGGGCCGGUUCAUCUACUUCAACGUCACCUGCGCCUGGAUGCUCCUGGCCUGUCUGCUCUCCCUGCUCGCCAUCUGCAAGCCGCGGCUGCAAACCUGGCUGAUGGUGAUGUUGUACGUCGCGCUGUUCUUCGCUGGUCUGGAGAUGGUGGUCUACCUCCCGCCGUCGGUCUUUACCUCCGAUCUCUGCGCCGCUCCUGACAACUUCACGAUGUCCCUGGUGCCCUCCGACAACGCCGAUCUGGCCGAAUACGUGACCUACUACGUCUACUGCACCAACCAAUCCGCCGCCGCCAACCCCUUGCUUCCCUACACUCACGAGCCGUGCGUGAACAACCUCACGGAACAGCUCAACUACAGUCGACACGAGAUCGGCCACCUCGAGCAGCUCUCCAACUGCAGCACACUCCACCCGCUCUACCAACAAAUGAAGGUCAACGUCUGCCAACACCUCACACCGGCCGCCUUCUUGGUGUUCGCCGGACGAGGGGUGCUGGUGGUGGUCAUGCUGGUCGUGUUCCUCCUGUCGCUCUGCACGCUGGGCCACCAGAAGCGGCUGCCCAACGACGACGCCACCUUCCCGAUGACCCGCACCACCCGGCGCCCCGUCUUCCUCACCGACAGCGACAGAAGCGCGUCGCGGCCACUCCUGCGGGCCAUGACCGAGGACUACCUGGCGCUGCCCUCUGAGGACCGACAACUUCGACGAAGUCGCGACAUGAUCGAAGCCGCACCCUCGGCGCCACCCGUCAGCGAGCUGAAGAUGUCCGUCAACUACUAG